AUGCAAAGCUAUUCCUCUCGGCCGAAGAAAACAGACAUUGUUCGCAAACGAACUGGAUGCCAGGACUGCAAGAAUAGAAGGCGAAAGUGCGACGAGACGCGUCCCGAGUGUUCCGCCUGCGUUCGCCGAGGUAUCAAAUGUAGCGGCUAUGAUCGUCCCGUUGCUUUCAAAGACGUGACCGCUUUGGCUGCUGAGGCCUCAAAGAAGUUCGAAGCUGCCAGAUGGUCUGCGCUACGGCUUGAAGAUGCUCGGAGGAAACGCAGACGGUCAGAAGUGCCGGGAGAGGCAUCGUCCCAUGUUCCACGAUCAGACCUUCCGAUCGGAUCCUCUCCCAGUGUCCCAGCACCGCCUCCGCCUUGGAAUCUCAUUUCAACGGAUGGCUGGCCUGGAAGCACAUUCGCCUUGCCUUGGCCCCUGACGGACACUUCCAGUGGGCCUGGACCUGAGAUGGUCACCGAAAACUCGGCUAAUACUGGGGUCACAACCACUGACUACAUGUCGACCCCGGUUCCGGGAGACACCUCCUAUGGCACUUCGACAUCGGCGGACGAAAGCUCUCCGGAAAUCUCGGCUGAAACAGACUGGGAUGAGUUGUUGAUUCCUCACGACUCUGACGAAAACUCGUCACCCACCGACAAGACUCUUCUAGGCGAGCCAACCUACGAUAUGCAGAUCUCUCUUCCUUUGGAAGAAUCACUGGUCCUUCAUUUCGAUACGAAUGUCAUUCCCGCCAUCCCCGUCGCCAUGGCUUUCUCCAAUCUGUUUAAACAGAGCAGCUGUUUUCGGGCUGCCGUGCUGGCACUGUCCGCAAGUCACUUGAAGUUGGCGGUUCGUCUGCCCUUCGACUUCCAAGCGUUAAGACGGGUUUGCGAUGACAAUAGUGUUUGGGUAUACUACGACAUGGCGGUGAAAGAUCUUCAAGCUCGCCUUAAGCAACACAGCGAGAAGAAAAGCGGCGAGGGCUUGGCUGGUGCUGCGUUGCUACUAGCCUACCACGAGCUGGAGGCUGGCACAUCCUUUGGCAUCCGUAAUCAUGCCAGCGGACUUGAUGCUAUAGCAUCCAGGUUGGACUUUUCUUCUAUAUCUGAGCCGAAUCUCUUCAAGGCCUGGAGGAUAUUACGCAACGAUGUCCGCUUGAUGAUGACGCCGACGCGGAAAACUUUCAACGCUGUCGAUAAUUAUGACGCUUCGUGUCUCCUCGACCCUCAACUAGCGAUAAGAGAUAUCGUUUCUCGAGUUUAUGGCUUGUACUCGCGACAUGCAAUGGAGGCAACUUUCCCGCCAAGCAGCGAUCUCGACAAGACAAGCGCCUCUGAAAAGGUGGCAAAAUGGUUAUGUGAUGUUCUGGAUAGACGGUGUGAUCAUCGAAAUUUUCAGCGGGGCGACUUUUACAAAGAGACUCUGACCAAGGAAAUGGUUUUGGAACAGUGUGAUGUCAUUUCUCGACGUCUCGACUCCUGGCACAAGGAUCUGUGCCAUCACGACCUUCCCACCGCAAAGAUCGGCACUGACGGAGACAUAAUCAGCGGUCCGUCAUUUGAGCCCAUCAUCGUUUACCGGUUAGCCGAUGAGAGCAAAGCUCUGGACUAUCUGAUGUAUCUUGCUUCGAGAAUGGGGGUCAACAGUCUCCGAUCCAUGUUCGACCCGUCAGUGUCUGCGGCCACCAUCGAUUCAUGGUCCAAGAUGAUGCUAGGUAUUCUCUGCGGCAUGAAUUUGCUCCAGAGACGACAGUUUACUGUCCUCCGUCUUGAUGCUAUCAUCCUCUUCGCGUCUAAUAUUUGUGAGAGUACGAAUUUCACGAGAACCGUUCUGGACUACUUGAUGCCCAAGGUCUUGGGAGCCGGGCUCACGGCCUCGGAAAUGGUGUCCUGGGUAUAUCUGAAGAGUCAGCUGGAGCUUUGGAUGCGGGAGAAAUUGAAGGGUCGGACAGUGAGGAUGACUCUGACUGGGACAGAUGAGGACGCCGACCCCUGGAUUGUUCUUACGACUCACACAGUUGCAAUUUUUGGGGACUACGGCGGGAAGGGCUUUUUUAGAGACACUAUUGUCAUAGACCCUCUAUCUCGAAUAUGA